UUUGUUUUGAGCGGGGGGGGGGGGGUAACGGCACCGCUCGCGCGCAACGGAGAGUCGGCGCAAAGUUUCCUCGAUGGCGCUGGUGAUGGAGCCGGUGAGCAAAUGGAGCACGAGCCAGGUGGUGGACUGGAUGAAAGGUCUGGACGACUGCUUGCAGCAAUACGUGUGUGUGUUUGAGCGCGGAGGUGUGUGCGGGGAGAGGCUGCUAAGGAUUAGCCACGCUGAGCUGGAGGAGCUGGGAGUUUCUCGCAUCGGACACCAGGAGCUCAUUCUGGAGGCGGUGGACUUGCUCUGCGCUCUGAACUCAGGUCUGGAGACGGAGAGCGUCAGGACUCUGGCUCACAAACUGGGUGCCUCGGCCAAAAACCUGCAGAACUUUAUUUCCGGCCGCCGCCGCAGCAGCCAAUCGGAGAGCAGGAGUUCGCGGCGACUCCCCAAUGAUCUGCUGACCUCCGUGGUCGACCUCAUCACCGCCGCCAAGAGCCUGCUAGCCUGGCUGGACAGGUCUCCCUUUGCUGCAGUGGCAGACUACUCAGUAACCCGAAAUAAUGUCAUUCAGCUCUGCCUGGAGCUCACCACCAUUGUACAGCAGGACUGUACGGUGUUUGAGACAGAGAACAAAAUCCUUCAUGUGUGCAAGACUCUGUCGGAGGUGUGUGAGCACAUAGUGUGUGUGUCAUCGGAUCCGCUGGUUUCUCAGUCAGCCCACCUCGAGCUGGUUCACCUCACCAACAUCAAACCCUCUGAGGGCCUGGGAAUGUACAUCAAGUCAACUUAUGACGGCCUCCAUGUGAUCACAGGAACUACUGAAGGGUCUCCAGCUGACCGCUGUAAGAAGAUCCAUGCAGGAGAUGAAGUCAUACAAGUCAAUCACCAGACUGUGGUGGGCUGGCAGUUACGUAACCUGGUUGGCUCGCUGAGGGCUGAUAAAGGUGUCGUGUCCCUGACCCUGAAGAAGCGUCCGCAGAGCACGCUCAGCUCCGCCCCUGCUCUGCUGAAGAACAUGCGCUGGAAACCCCUGGCUCUGCAGCCAACCAGAAGCCCAGGCAGUGGUUCGGGCACACCCUCAGGCACACCCACUAAAAGCUCUGCCCUCCAGGACCUUUACAUCCCACCUCCACCUGCUGAGCCAUACACACCCAGAGAUGAGACAGGAGCCUUGUCUGGAGAUGAGGCAUCUCGUAACCACGGUGGCGUCAGCGUUGCUAAGCGCUCUGAGUCACCAAACUCCUUCCUGGAUCAAGAGUCUCACCGGCGAGAAGAGGAGGAGUCCGUGUACUGCACCACACCUACAUAUGGCAGGCUGAGGCCCAUCUCCAUGCCUGUGGAGUGUAACUGGGUGGGCGACUAUGAAGAUCCAGCCAAGCUUAACAGAGAAAGCCGCCGAGAAGCAUCACUGAUGCGUUACGUGGGACUGUCCGGCAUGGAUGAGAGGACCAGCUCUGAUGACUACUCCUGCCACACGGCUCGUCCAGGCAAACGGAGCAAUGACACAGCCAAACGUGCCAAAAGGCGGAGCCACCACAGCCAAAGCCCCUCCCACUACGUCCUCCAGACGAAUCAAAGAGAUUCUCCUCCGAGAGAUUCAGCCUCCAUUUAUCAUACAUACCAACAGUCCUCCUCUCUGCAGUCAAAGAACAGGAAGAAGAAUAAAGGACGGAGUUUGGCCUCCCUGAGUCGGAGGCGUGUUUCCUGCAAGGCGCUGGGCAGAGGAGACUGCGAGGGCUGGCUGUGGAGAAAGAGAGAUGCAAAGGGUUACUUUUCUCAGAAAUGGAAGAAGUACUGGUUUGUUUUGAAGGAUAACUGCUUGUACUGGUACAUCAAUGAGGAGGAUGAGAAGGCAGAGGGUUUUGUCAGUCUUCCAGAGUUUAAGAUCGACCGGGCCAGUGAAUGUCGCAAGAAGUAUGCUUUCAAAGCGUGUCACCCCAAGGUCAAGAGUUUCUACUUCGCAGCAGAUGGAGUGGAUGACAUGAACAGAUGGCUGAGUCGUCUCAACCAGGCCGCCGUGGGCUACGCCGAGCGAGAGAGGAUACGCCAGGAGCAGGAUUACUGGAGUGAGAGUGAACAUGAGGAUGACACCACCUCCAGCCCCAAACAGGACAGUCCCCCACCUCCAUACGAUACCUACCCACGGCCUCCAUCAAUGAGUGCCUACUUGGAAGGCCGGACCACUCGACUGUCUUCCACAGAGACGUCUCGAUCACGCUCCUCUCAGGAGGACUUCCUCUGUGGCGAACCCCCAGCGGUGGCUGCAGAGCCGCAGUACCAUCCCGGUCCUCUAGGUGGAGGCAACACACACAGUGGGAGGAAACCAGGAGGCAGCAGCAGCAGCGACGUGCAGUACAGAUGUGAUCCUGUAGAGUACCGAUCCAGUCCCGCAGGGGGCAGCAGUGAGACAGGGUCUCCAGGCCGCUCUUCCUCAUCUCAGAGACGUUCGUGGCAGGACCUUAUUGAGACACCGUUGACUGAAGCUGGACUGCACUACCUACAAACUGGGCCACUAGAGGAUGCCGUCUUCGCUGAACCCGGUCCAGGCAGCGGGACUAUGAUGGCCGGUGCAGUUUACACUCUCCCUGCACAGAGGAAUGUCCCGUUGCCCAUGGCGAUGCAGAGGCUGAUUCCUAUGGCAACCCAGGGAGGGAAACCCCGCAGCUUCACACUGCCACGAGACAGCAACCUACACACACUCCUCGCGGCCCCUGCGAAAGAAGAACAGCAAACACACAACGGCGGCAGUGAGGGUGCAUCCCUGGGCGACCUGUUUCGUGCUUGUGAGCAGGGCGGGGUAUGUCCACUGGGUCGCGGGUCGGACACCAAAGGUCAGUCAGAGUGCAGGCAGUCCUUUCUCCGACGGGCCGCCGACCCUCAGCUCAAUGACCGCCUGCACCGCCUCCGCAUACUGACCUCCACACUGAAGGACAGGGAGGGGGAGCUAGCACUGAUUGACAAGCUGUUGGCCAAUCCCCAGCUGUCGUCGGCAGAGUUCCAGGAGUGGAAAAGAGCCUAUCAGGAGCUGUUCUCUCAGGAGCCUGACUCGACCACCAAAUCAGACCCCGGCCCGCCCCUCACCCCCUCGCUCUCUCACACACACUCCUACAUCGAGACCCACGUCUGACGAGUGAAACACACACACACACACACACACACACACACACAUGUUUGAGUUGCUCCUGAAGAGUCGAACAAAACAGCAGCGGAUGUUUUGAUGCAUCAGGGUCGCGAUCAGUGACGGACUUUGUCAAGAGAGGAGAGUAGGGACAGCUCCACAUCCAGAUACGCUUUCAGCAGCCGCGGUGUACAAGUUCAACAUGACAGCUUUCUGAGGAGAUGCCCGUGUGGCCCUCAUGUCACAUCAGUCUACGAGCUGAUUGGUUAUGCCACUCCAGCUGGCUCAGGGGCGGACGAUUAACUGAAUCUUAAGUAUUACAUGUUAGCUUUUGUGCUCUAUAAAUACUUUGGACGACUUUCAUCAGUUUUUUCCCGCUGACAUGGACAGAGGCCUCAGAGUAGUUCCUUCAUUUACAGUAUUUCAUCCUGCUUGUUGUGCCAUGUUUAUACCGACUGCAUAGCCACAGAGUGACAUACAUUGUAUUCUAUCAAGCCUUAUACUUGAUAUCUAUGAUGAUAUUUUCUGUACAGUGAGUGUUACAGCAGAGAACAAUUAAGCACAAGGCUUUUUUAAAUCAAAUAGUCUCAGUUUCUAGUUUUAGAGACUUUUGUUUGUGCUGGUUUGGUAGAAUAACGUACUGUACUGUGCUGGGCUGGACCUGAAGCAUGCACACUCCAACUGGAAUAGGAACCAUUUAAAGGAAAAAUCCACCCUGAAAAUACUUAACACCAUUUUUAACACUGCUAGUGACAGUGUUUUUUCCGUUUAAGAGGCCAUGUGCUAUUUUUAUUGUUUUGUUUUUUGCACUAAACUGAUGUGAUGCCAGUUCUCUUGUCAUGCUGUCACUUCAUUUUCACUGUCAGUAUCAUUUUACCUCCAGCGAGUCUUGUCUCGCAGUAUUAUCGUUGAUACUGUUAAUUUAAUUUGACAUUUGACAUCAGCUACCUCUCAUUAAUUCAUUUCCAGGCCUAAAUAUUUCCUUUAAAUCACAUCACUGUAAUGGAAACAUGACUCAUCUUCAGUACGAUAUUAUAAUGCAUGACACUUCUUUUUUUUUUUUUAAUUAUUAUUGUUCACAUUUCCAUAAACAGCAUAUGUUGAAAUAAGACCUCUUAAUACCUGUGUAAAGAUACUGUCAUAUCUUUGAUUACAUUCCUCAAUCCCAUGAUAUUACAUACAGUAACCAUUUUUCCAAUUCUGCCUAAUAACAGUACUGUUAUACCCAUGUGUAUAUUGUCUGUAAUGGCCAUAAAGAAAUCCAUUUUUAAAGUAAUUUCACUGAAAGAGAAGGAAAAGUCAACAGUACUUGUUCUGUUUUGUGCUGACCAGACUAAAAAUACCUGUUUGACUUGUCUAACUCUGAAUGCAGAAGCCUUAAAUAUACUGGGGCUGUGACAAUAUGCUUAUCUCCUACUUUCAUGUAUAUUGCCAUGCGAUGUCAAAAUUCUUUUUUACAAUUUUUGUUUACUUUGUAACACUAGACUAUGGGAAAAGAGAGACUGUAUAUCAUGAGUCAUAGCUCCAAAAACGAUGCACAUCACAACAAUCAGUCUUUCUGACUUUUUCAGCAGCAAUAAGCCCCAAUCAGACAGAGCAUAUUUUGCAGUGUCUUUUUUACGUUGUUGCUAGGCAGCCACCAAAUCAGCUGUCCUUAGCUUUACCGCUAAUUUGUUGUGAAAUAAACAGAUCCAUACUUUAAAAUCUGAAUACAAAAAUUGACACAUGGAGGACACUUGGGGACUGGACUAGAGGUCAGACUCGCCAGAGGACCCACAAUAUGAUAUUAUCACAAUGCUUAGGUCAAGAUACAAUAUUAUCGUGAUACGCUGAGUAUUGUGAUACAAUAUAUUGCGAUAUAUUGCAAUUCAUUACCUAAUUUCCAUCUGCAAAUCAUUUCCCCAAAGGAAAACUUUG